AUGGCAACAACAACGCCUCCCCGCCGCAUAACCACCGGUUCGAUCACCUCGGUCCAAUCGCAUUCCGCGGUUCGACCUCUAUCAAUGAUAUCUCUAAUCCGUCGACAUCACACCUCGAUCAACCUUCGUCUGCCGUCGCCAAUUGCCUCUGCCUCCAGGCGGUGGUUAAUCGAAGCGGUCGCGAGAUCGCCUUGGGAAGGAUCUGAUAACGGAGGAGCUCAGGCUGAUGGUAAAAAGCCAGGCGUGUGCGGUUACGCGAUCAGCGGCAACGAGAUCGAAGGGAGCAGUGGGGAGCUUGUGGAGGGAGAUCAGCAGCAUGUCAAUACGAUGGAGAUGGUGAUGUGGGCAGCGGCUACGGCGGCGUUUGGAGUCGCGAACCGUGUGAUGUACAAGCUAGCGCUGGUUCCGCUCAAACAGUAUCCCUUCUUCCUCGCGCAACUCUCCACCUUCGGGUAUGUAGCUGUAUAUUAUUCAAUCUUGUAUUUUCGAUAUCGUGCUGGAACUGUUACAGAUGAGAUGCUCUCGGUGCCUAAGAUGCCAUUUUUAAUUGCUGGCGUCUUGCAGGCUUUAGCUGCAGCUGCUGGCAUGGCAGCCACAGCAAAUCUUUCGGGGCCAUCUACUACAGUUUUAUCUCAGACAUUUCUUGUCUGGCAAAUCUUCUUCUCCAUUAUAUUUCUCAGGAGAAGAUAUAGCGUAAACCAAAUACUCGGAUGCACUCUUGUAGCCGUUGGUGUAGUCGUCAGUGUGGCAAGUGGAUCAGGUGCUGCUCAUUCCUUAAAGGAAGCUGGAGUAUUUUGGAUUCUUCUUAUGGUCCUUUCUUACCUUUUCCAAGGAGCAGAUACAGUAUUAAAGGAAGUCAUUUUUAUAGAUAGCCAGAAACGAUUGAAGGGAGCUUCACUCGAUCUUUUUAUAGUAAAUUCGUAUGGUUCAGCCUUCCAAGCCAUCUGCAUCGCAUUGCUACUUCCAUUUCUCUCAAAACUGUGGGGCAUACCGUUUAAUCAACUCGGUAGCUACCUAAAAGACGGUGCGGCUUGCUUUCUCAACAUCGGGACAAUGACAAAAGGAUGUGAAGGGGCUCCAUUGUUGCCUCUACUGUUUGUGAUAGCAAACAUCGGCUAUAACAUUGCGCUUUUAAGACUCCUCAAGAUUUCAUCGGCUGUGGUUUCAUCUCUUGCAUCGACAGUGUCAGUGCCCAUUGCAGUGUUCUUGUUCACGUUGCCAUUACCUUACCUUGGAGUUGCAUCAUCGCUUCCAAAUGGGUUCAUGGGAGGAACAAUAAUACUUGUAUUGGGAAUGCUUGUUUACAGCUGGGCACCACAAGGACCUAACGGUUCUCAUACUGAUUCAGUCAUUCCUUCACCUCCUCCCACUUAGAGUGAGUUUGAUUAGAGUUUCUGUUUUUAGUAAGAGAUUUGAGAGAUUUGUGAAAAUAUCAAACUAGAAAAAGAUAAUCUAAGAUCUGAAUAUCAUAAAAUAUUUUAAUGAUGUUAAUUGGAAAAGUUGACAUUUUUGAAAGUUGCUAGCUGGAUUUUGAUAUU